CAAAUGGCUGUUGCCUUUUGUACAGAACUGUAGAAGAUUGGAGUAUUCAUAAUGAAGACCCUAAGGAAAGUCAGUCCAUUCUUGCUCGGUCAUCUGCCUCGGUGAAUUAUUUAUUUAUAUACUCAAGGCAGUCCGGAAUUUGCUCCACAACUAAAAAUAUUUUGAUCAAAACCAUACACCGACUUGCAUCAGUGAUUACUUAAAACUUCUCUAUAACUGGGUGUGCCCUCUAGCAUUAUUCUAAUGGCUCACCUCCAACUAAUCCUCGAAGAAAAUGUCCAGUGUUUACAUGAUACUGCACUAUCUCUGCAGGAAAUYGAGUGGCUGAAGCCAUAUUUUCGAGGCUGAAAACCGAGGCAAAAAAAGUCCCCAAGGGGGUUAGGAGGGAAAUUGCUGCUUAGUCAGUCCCUAUCUGCGUUUGCCCACCCCAACGUGAGCUCUGCGAAACUAGGGGGAUUUCUUUAAAUAUUCUAAGCCCUUACCACCAGGCUACCCUAGGAGUUUGGUGAUUACUUUACAAUCCACAUAUACUCAGAAUCUAGAUAGGGUUGAAAUAUCUUUCUAGGAUGUCUCAAGAAGAAURGUUUCGUUACCUUCAAUUUUUUUCCUGCAGUUAGUCCACUUCUUCCCAACUGUUGCAGUCUGAUGUUUGCUAGAAAAUAUAACUUUGAAAAGUUAAUCUGUUGKGAUUUGCUUGUUCUUGCCUCAUGUUGUUGAUCRUAGCUGUAUGAGUUCCUGCGCAUGUUUUUCCUUUACACUUUUUUUAUUUUUUUGAGUAGUACACUUUUCUUUGAGUACUGAUAAUGCUGCAUCAGUUUCAAUCUCAUCAAAUAGGUAAUGAGGAUGCUUCAACCAUGCUGAACAAAAUCCAUCAAAAGCAAAAUUGUGUUUGCUGAUUUCUGAAUUGAAGAGAUACACAAAAAGCCUGUGGAACCACUUUUUAGCCCAAGGGAAAGCAACAAGCAUGAGGUUUUGACAUGAUUGUUCAGGAAAUGAAUUAUUCAUUGCCAAACAUUGGCGUGAGUUUGAAUAGGAACAAGAUUUGGUUGCACAUCAAGAUCGGACGGUGGAGAAUUUGGGAGGAAGCGUAAUUGGACUAUCAGUUCACUCAUAGUCAACAGUCUGUCAGCUUUUCCAGGAAGAAAAAGAAGCUCUAUUGACGAUUCUAUAAAACCAUACCUUUACUAACUUUCCCAUUUCUCUCCUGUUUCUCCACACUCAGUCAUGGCGAUUCUGAAGCUUUUUGCUCUCUGCAUUUCCUUCUUCUUAUUGAUUACAGCCCCCCCAGUACAAGGUGAUUCCUUAUAUUCUCCUUCUUCUUCUUCUUCUUCUUCUUCUUCUUCUUCUUCUUCUUUUUCUACUGAUGUUCAGCUGCUUUUGGGAAAAAUCAGAGCUUCACUUGAAGGUGACACUCAAAACUUGCUUUUGUCUUCAUGGAACUAUUCGUUGCCUGUGUGUCAAUGGAGGGGACUCAAAUGGGUCUUCUCCACUGGAACUCCUCUGCUCUGCAGCGAUUCUUCUUCUCCACAAUGGUCUAAUCUCACUCUGUUUAAAGACCCUUCUCUUCACGUUCUCUCUCUGCAGCUUCCUUCUGCUAAUCUCACUGGUUCACUUCCAAAGGAGCUUGGUGAGUUCACUAUGCUCCAAAGCCUCUACCUUAGCAUAAACUCCUUGACUGGAACCAUUCCCCUUGAACUUGGUUACAGCUCCUCUCUUUCUGACAUUGAUUUGAGUACCAAUCUGUUGGCCGGAGCUCUUCCGCCGUCGAUCUGGAAUCUGUGUGAAAAACUUGCUUCUGUCAGACUUCACGGAAAUUCAUUAUCUGGGUCUCUGCCGGAGCCUGCGUUGCCAAAUUCGACCUGUAAGAAUCUGGAGGCUUUGGAUUUGGGCGACAACCAGAUUUCAGGUACUUUCCCGGAGUUCAUAACUAGAUUUCAGGGUCUGAAAGUGCUUGAUCUCGGGAAAAAUAUGUUGUCUGGACAAAUCCCACAGAGUUUAGGCCAGUUAGAACUCGAGAAGUUAAACCUCUCAAACAAUAACUUCAGUGGAAUGUUGCCUGUUUUUGGUAACUCAAAGUUUGGCGUGGAGGCUUUCGAAGGCAACAGUCCCGGGCUUUGUGGGGUGCCUUUGAGAAGCUGUGCUGUGACUUCUCGGUUGAGUUCGGGCGCCAUUGCAGGCCUUGUUAUCGGCUUGAUGACUGGGACGGUGGUUUUGGCUUCAUUGCUGAUUGGGUAUAUGCAAAACAAGAAGAAGAAGAGUACGAGUGAGAGUGAAGAUGAGAUUGAGGAAGGAGAAGAUGAAGAAAAUGGUGGCGGCAUCGGUGGCACGGGUGGUGAGGGCAAGCUCGUUUUGUUUCAGGGUGGCGAGCAUUUGACAUUGGAUGAUGUCUUGAAUGCUACAGGGCAGGUUAUGGAGAAAACAAGCUAUGGCACUAUAUAUAAGGCAAAACUUGCCGACGGAGGUACCAUUGCUCUAAGACUGCUGAGGGAAGGGAGCUGCAAAGACAGAAAUUCUUGUUUGUCUGUGAUUAAACAGUUGGGAAAGAUUCGCCAUGAGAACUUGAUUCCAUUGAGAGCUUUCUAUCAGGGAAAGAGAGGAGAGAAGCUCCUCAUUUAUGACUAUCUGCCUAUCAGAACUUUAUAUCAUUUUCUUCACGAAUCUAGAGCAGGAAAACCGGUGYUGAACUGGGCUCGGAGGCACAAGAUUGCAUUAUGCAUCGCCCGGGGACUAGCCCAUCUGCACACAGGGUUUGAGGUUCCCAUUACACAUGGUAACGUGAGAUCAAAAAACGUGCUUGUGGAUGACUUCUUUGCAGCGAGGCUGACGGAGUUCGGGCUGGACAAGCUGAUGAUCCCAUCGGUCGCAGACGAGAUCGUGUCGGUAGCAAAGGCGGACGGGUACAAGGCGCCGGAGCUGCAGAGGAUGAAGAAAUGCAAUUCGAGAACAGAUGUGUAUGCAUUUGGAAUCCUGUUGCUGGAGAUACUGAUAGGGAAGAAGCCAGGGAAGAGUGGGAGGAGUGGAGAUCAUGAGUUUGUGGAUCUGCCAUCAAUGGUGAAAGUGGCAGUUUUGGAGGAGACAACAAUGGAGGUUUUUGAUGUGGAGGUUUUGAAAGGGAUAAGAAGUCCAAUGGAAGAUGGAGUGGUUCAGGCAUUGAAGCUGGCAAUGGGAUGCUGUGCUCCUGUGGCUUCAGUCAGACCCUCCAUGGAUGAAGUUGUGAAGCAGUUGGAAGAGAACAGACCAAGAAACAGAUCUGCUCUCUACAGCCCAACAGAAACAAGAAGUGAAAUAGGUACCCCAUUUUGAUCCCCUUUUUCUCUCUCUCUCUCUCAUUUCAUUAUAUUUUAUUUUAACAUGAACUUAAUUGUAAUACAUGCUGAUAGUGUUCAUUCAUAUGCUAGUAAGAGGAAAUUAUAUAAGU